AUGACGACGUCGCUCCAAUGGACGAUUCUCUUGCUUCUCGGAAUCGUCGUUCAGGUUUGUGUGUGUGUGUUGACCAGACCAGCCCCGCUCGUUAGUUUUUAUGAUGGGACGAGGGGACCAGAAAUGAGGAAGAAGGGACCGAACAAUUACGAAUAAACUCUGAUUUACCAUAAAUUCUGUUCAAGUAGUUACAAAGUGACCAGUGCAAACUUCUCCACUCUAUUAUUACACUUUUCGCCUCUCUUUUCAUUUUUCACAAAAGUUUGGUCCCAAGUGCAGUUAAGUGUCGUCCCGACCAGCUGAGUUCCUGCGACCGCCGGACGUGGUCCCAGCUGCCAAGUACAUCUUUAUUCACCCGAUCUCCGAUCAUCUUCAGAACUCCGAAACGCAGUAUCGUCAGCACCAGCCAUCGUAUCCACAGCAGCAGCAGCAACACCAACACCAACAGAAUCAGCAGCAGCAGCAGCAGCAGCAGCAGCAGCAGAACUAUCACAACUACAACGCUCAUCAGCACUAUCACCAGGCGCAACAGCAGCAGAAGGCUCCCGCGCAGCCCGCCUAUCCCUACAAUAACUAUCCCAGCCCGAGUAUGUCACAGGAAUUGGUCGAAUUCACAGUUCAAAAAAUCAUUUAUCAUUUCCGCUUUCAGAUUCGAUAAAAGCCUACCAAACGGCGUAUCCUGCAGUGCCGCACGCGUCCGUUCUCAAUCAGCCGACGCAUCAGAUCUGCGACAUUCCGCCAGAUUUGUGGUUUGUGAUUAAAGUCGUCACUGGAGUUCCGAAAAAGACCAUUGCAGGUGCGACAGUCCCCAGUCGGCUCAGCAGUGCGGAGUGCAGCGGCAGUGCGACUCGCUCCGUCACCGCCGUCAGCCCAUCAAAAUCACACUGAUCUACGAAGCCUUAUGCCCUUAUUGUCAAAAGUAAUCGUCGCCCGUCCGACCGAUAUUCUCCCUUUCCUCCAGAUUCAUCGCCAACCAGCUCGGCAGCGUGUUCAACCAAUUCCAGGGUCAGCUAAUUCUCGAGCUCGUUCCGUGGGGCAAUUCGCGUAUUAUGCGGGUAGGUAAACGAGUGAUCAGCGGUCCGUCCGCGCCGUUUUCUCUUUUUAAUCGCCACACUUAUCAUUCACUUUUUGCUCGGUUUUUCCGGGGCGUCAGUUGGUGGCAGCGGGUUGCUCGGCGGAGCACUGCAAAGGGAUCAAACACUAAUGGGAAGUGUUGCAGGACGGAUCGUUCUCGUGCAAUCACGGACAGAAGGAGUGCGAUGCGAACCGACUACAGUCUUGUGUCAUCGAUAUUCUGAAGGUGAGCUCUCACGAGAGGUGAAGAAAAAGAGAGACGAAGCAAAACACACUCGCUGCUCUUAUUUCUCAUCAAUUAUCGAAAAUGAUUGAUUUCAGGUCAAAGGAGCACUGCCCUUCAUCGUCUGCUUCGAACGAAACAUUCAGCAUUACGGAGUGGAGCACGCGAUGCAAACGUGCUCCGCUUUCAUUCGGAGCCAAUACCGACAGAUCAGGUAUUUGGCUGCGGAUUCAUUAUGAAAUAUUGAACAUUACCGUUUCAGACAAUGUUACGACGGCCACGUGGAAUUCAAUUGCAACGAGAGGCCGCUCAGAAGACGAUGA